UGGCUCUGCUGCCUUCAAGGUUCUCCAAGAGCCCAAGGAACCUGAGAUAGCUAGCUCCUCUCCUUUGCUUCUCCUCUCCGGCAUCACCACCUCUUCUCCAUUGACUGCUCAGUGUGCCAGCUCUCUCCACUGAGCAAGAGGAGAAGGGUUCCAUUUGUUAUCCGAUCGAGGAAGAGAGGAGAGAUGGCUUUCUUGAACAUGGAGCAGCAGACUUGGGCCUUCACCUUUGGUAUCCUAGGUAACAUAAUCUCAUUGAUGGUGUUUCUUUCACCACUGCCGACGUUCUACCGCGUGUACCGGAAGAAGUCGACGGAGGGGUUCCAGUCGACGCCGUACGUGGUGACGCUCUUCAGCUGCAUGCUGUGGAUGUUCUACGCCUUCCUCAAGUCCGGCGCCGAGCUGCUCAUCACCAUCAACGGCGUCGGCUGCGUCAUCGAGACAGCCUACAUCGCCAUGUACCUAGCCUACGCGCCCAAGGCCUCCAGGGUGCUCACGGCCAAGAUGCUGUUGGGCCUCAACGUCGGUCUCUUCGGCCUCAUCUCCCUCGUCACGCUGCUGCUCUCCUCCAAGGGCACGCUCCGCGUCCACGUGCUCGGCUGGAUCUGCGUCUCCGUCGCUCUCGCCGUCUUCGCCGCCCCGCUCAGCGUCAUGAGGCUCGUGAUCCGGACCAAGAGCGUGGAGUUCAUGCCCUUCUCGCUAUCCUUCUGCUUGGUCCUGAGCGCCGUGAUCUGGUUCGCGUACGGCGCGCUGAAGAAGGACGUGUUCGUGGCGGUCCCCAACGUGCUGGGCUUCGUCUUCGGCGUGGCGCAGAUGGCGCUGUACAUGACAUACAGGAACAAGAAGCCCUCCGCCGUGGUGAUGAUGGUGGAGGAGGUGAAGCUGCCGGAGCACGUGAAAGAGGUGGCUGGCAGCGCGCCGGCGGCGCCCGAGGGCAGGGCCAGCUGCGGCGCCGAGGUGCACCCCAUCGACGUCCUGGCGUCCCCCGCGGCGGUGGAGGUACACGACCUGCAGGCAGUGGUCAUCGACGCGGAGCCGAUCAUGUGCGCCGCGGCAGCCGCAGAAACAGAUGCGGACGGCGGGGUCGACGGCGUGCCCAGGGCGCCGGAGCAGCUGGUCAAGCCUGACACGGCCAUUACUGUGGGAGUGUAGCUUAGUUUUUGAAGUCUAGUACCGAUCAGUAGUAAUUCUCAUGUGAACAGGCCUGCCUGCUACAGCAGUAGCGGCCAUAUGUAUCGGCUGCAUGCAUGCAGGUCCCGGUCGAGAUGGAGCUAGCCGGGCCCGUAGGCGAGUAGCGCCAUGGCUCUCAUGGGCCAGCAUACUAGCUGGCCUGUGAUGAACCGGCGAGAGAUAAUGAGAGCGAGCGAGAGGAUUGAUCAAACGGCUGCAGCCGCCUGCUAGAUGAUGUCCGCAGCGAGCAGCCCAGCGGCCGGUGCGUGUAAUCGAGUCGAUCAGCGUGUCGCCUUGUGUGUCCUAGCCUAGCCUGAUUGUUUCGUUCCUUUAUUCGUGCCGUCGUCGCAGCAAUAAAUUCGGAAUGGACGAUUAUUCAACA